AUGGCUUCAGAAUUAGGCCCAAAGUUGACUAAGGAUCCAGUCAAAAUCGCUCUUAGAAUGUUGACUAAUUCCUUGAAUAAGGCAAUCAACCCCAAGCCUAGUGAAGUGGAAAACUUUUGUGAAGUCUUUAAGAGGUUAGCCGCAGCUAAGCCAACCAACUACCUAGGUAAAGAGGACCUAGCUAGCCUUGAGAAUUGGCUUAGGGAAUUCGACAAGCUUUUCGAUGCUAUAGGUUGUCCCGCAAACCUUAAGAUAAGCAAUGCCGCAUACUAUUUAAGGGAGGAAGCAGACUUAUGGUGGAUCCAAAAGGAGGAUGAGUUGUUGAGUAACCCCGCUUUUGGGUGGACCGAAUUCAAGGAAGCUUUGAGAGUUAAGUUUUACCCAGCCUAUUUGAGGAAGCAAAAGUGUAUGGAGUUUACCAACCUUAGGAUGGGGAAUUUGUCAGUUGCAGAGUACUAUGCAAAGUUUCUUGAGCUAAUGAGGUUCGCACCCGAGGUAGUACCCACCGAAGCCUUAAAGGCACAGAGAUUUAAGCAAGGGUUAACCUUAAGCCUUCAAGGGAAAUUAGGAGGAGCUAACUUUGGGACUUUGGACGAAGUUUAUGGAAGAGCGGCACAUAUAUAUGAGAUUAAGGGUAGAGAGCUAGGAAAUUCGGGGGAUAAGAAUAGAAGCUUCGGACCUUUUCAGGGAGGAGACAAUAAGCCAAGGCUAAUAGGAAAUUUCAAUGACAGAAGAGACAAUACGGGUGACUUUGGAAAGGGAAAUGGGUUUCAACCAAAUAAUGCUAGGGGAAAUGGGAAUCAAAAGGGCGGAGACAAUAAAACUUGGAAUUUCUUUUGUAAGAGAUGUGAUGGGAAUCACCCAGGGAAGGAUUGUGAAGGGAAUCUAGUGUCAUGCCGGUGUUGUCACAAAUUAGGGCACCGUGAGUUCGAGUGUUACAAGAAGAAGGAUGACAUUAGUGCAGGGAAAGUGAAAGAACCUAGUAACCCAACCAAGACCCUCAGCACCAGUGGAUUGACUCCUAAGUUCGGAUCUAGUUGCAGUGUGAAUAAUAAUCCCAAAGGUCGUGUGUUCGUAAUGAACAGCCGUGAAGCUGAAGCUUCUAAAGAUGUGGUAAUUGGCACUUUCCUUAUAUGUUCUCAUUCUGUGACAGUCUUGUUUGAUUCAGGCGCGUCUCACUCAUUUAUUUCAAGUAAAGUGGUCGAAAGUCUUAAAUUAGAAAGUCCAGAGUCAGUUUCUCUAGAUGUCUCUAUUCCGUCAGGGGAAGUGAGAAAAGGUUCUAAGGUGUUUAAAGGUGUACCUCUUACCAUUUUGGGGAUAGAAUUUUCCUCAGAUUUGAUAGAGUUUGACUUAAAGGACUUAGACGUUAUUUUGGGAAUGGAUUGGUUAGGAAAGUACAAGGCUCAGAUAGAUUGUUCAGCGCAGAAAGUGACCUUGUAUGGUCCGACGGAAGUAAGGGUGACCUAUAGGAGAGAGGGCAAAAGCUCGGGAAUUCGGAUUGUUUCCGCAUUGCAACUCCAAAAGUGCCUUAAGAAAGGCGAUCCAUUGUACAUGUGUAGUGUUCGAGAGUUAAGGGAUGAGAGAGACGAGGGUAACACAUGUAUCCCCGUUGUAGAGGAAUUUCCAGAUGUGUUUCCGGAGGAAAUACCCGGAAUGCCACCAGUAAGGGACAUAAAAUUUACGAUUGACCUAGUAUCCGGAACCGAACCAAUUUCAAAAGUCCCAUAUAGGAUGGCCCCAGCAGAGAUGAAGGAGUUGAAAACUCAGUUGGAUGAAUUGUUGGAAAAAGGAUACAUAAGACCUAGUUCGUCACCAUGGGGAGCACCAGUGCUAUUUGUCAAGAAGAAAUACGGUACUUUGAGGUUGUGUAUAGAUUAUCGAGCGUUAAACAACAUGACGAUCAAGAAUAAGUACCCGCUACCCAGAAUCGAUGACCUAUUCGACCAACUUAAGGGAGCCGAAGUAUUUUCGAAGAUUGAUUUGAGGUCAGGAUAUCACCAGUUGAGGAUUGCAGACCAAGACAUACCCAAGAGUGCCUUUAGGACACGUUAUGGACAUUAUGAGUUCACCGUUAUGCCGUUUGGGUUGACUAAUGCCCCAGCUGUAUUUAUGGACUUCAUGCACAGAAUCUUUAAGCCUUAUCUAGAUAAGUUUGUAGUCGUGUCUAUUGAUGAUAUUUUGAUAUACUCGAGGAAUAAGGAAGAUCAUGAGGAUCAUUUGAGGAAAGUUUUGACAUUAUUAAGAGAGCACAGGUUGUAUGCUAAGUUGUCAAAAUGUGAGUUUUGGUUAGAGAAAGUUUCCUUUUUAGGACAUGUGAUAACCAAAGAAGGAGUUUCAGUAGAUCCAACUAAUAUUAAGGCCGUGAGUGAGUGGUCGACACCCAAUGGAGUAACAGAAGUGAGAAGUUUCUUGGGAUUAGCAGGAUAUUACCGGAGAUUUGUGAAAGAUUUUUCGAGGAUUUCUAGGCCAAUGACGAAUUUGAUGAAAAAGGAGUGCAAGUUCACAUGGACCUAG